CGGGCGAGCAGCGGACCAUUGAUUCGCACACGCAUCCUCAGCUCAGGUAGACGCGGACCUCCAAACCAACCCAAGCUAGCGAUCCAUCUCAGCACCAGCGAGCGAGCUUCCUUGUCCGCCUCUGCGGUUCCCUUCGCUCCUCGACCUCGAUCAAUCAAUCAUUCGUGGGCUCGUGGCCCGGCCCCGGCCCUCCUUCGCGCCGCGCCACCUUCCAUGCUCGCUCGCUCGCACAUGGCCGCUCACCCCUCGCGCACAUGACACGGCGUAGGUAGUAGACCGAUCAAUUCCUCUUUCUUACACGGAAUGCUAUAAAUACAGAGCCGCCGGCCACCGGAUGAUGAUGAUGAUGAAUAGGCCGCAACCGCAGCAAGCCGGCCCGCUGCAGCUCCUCCGUUCGCUAGGACUAGGAGUAGGCGGAGGCGGAGGCGCCCGGCGGGGGGCCAUGAAGUCGGCCACGUCGCUCCUGCUCGGCGCCGCGCUCGCCACCGCCUUCUUCCUGCUCUACACCUCCCUCUGCCGCGACCUCGGCAGCGCCGCUGCCGCCGCGCCCAGGUCGGGAUCGCCGCCGCCGACGACGCCGCGGCGGGAGCAGGAGACCGGCGACACGGCCGCCGCUCGGCAGGAGGCCGCCACGGGAGAGGGCGGGGAAGAACGUGUGGCUGCGAGCAGCGACGGCGACCACAGAGGCGGCGACGCCACAGCGGAGGAGAAUGGUCAGAGCAAGGAGGAGGAGCAGCGGCGGAUUGUGAUGCCUGCCACGUCAACUACCCACGAGGCCACCUCCCACCAUAGACCGCAGCCGAAGCAGCAGAAGAAGAGCCCACCACCAGCGUCCCAGGAUCUGGCGGACCUGCUCCGGCGAGCGGCGACGGCGGACAAGACGGUGCUGAUGACGGCGAUCAACGAGGCGUGGGCAGCGCCAGGGUCGUUCCUGGACCUGUUCCUGGAGAGCUUCCGCCAGGGCGAGGACACAGCGGGCCUGCCGCGGCACCUGCUGGUCGUGGCCAUGGACGGCAGGGCCCUGGAGCGAUGCAACGCCGUGCACCCCUUCUGCUACCUGUUCCGCGUCGACGGCAUGGACUUCGCCGCCGAGCAGAAGUACAUGGAGGGCGACUACCUGGAGAUGAUGUGGCGCCGGAACCGGUUCCAGCAGAGCGUGCUGGAGCUGGGCUACAGCUUCCUCUUCACGGACGUGGACAUCCUGUGGUUCCGGAGCCCGUUCCCGCGCCUGCCCCGCGCCGCGCAGGUCGUCAUGUCGGCCGACUUCUUCGUCGGCGACGCCGACUCGCCCAACAACUACCCCAACGGCGGCCUCCUCUACGUCCGCUCCUCGCCCGCCACGGUGGGCUUCUACCGCCACUGGCAGGCGUCGCGCGCGCGGUUCCCGGGCCACCACGAGCAGUACGUCUUCGACAGGAUCGUCAAGGAAGGGUACGCCGGCGCCCGGGUGCAGUUCCUGGACACGGCCGUCUUCGGGGGCUUCUGCCAGCACGGCGACGACCUGGGCAGGGUGGCCACCAUGCACGCCAACUGCUGCGUGGGGCUGGACAACAAGCUCUUCGACCUCAAGAACGUGCUACAGGACUGGAAGACCUACAGAGCGCGCGCCGCCGCUGGCAACGCGCAGGGUUUCUCGUGGCGGGUGCCCGGAAAAUGCAUACACUGACUCAGCUGGCUCCAUCCUUGUCUAAACUCUGGAGGGGUUGAGCUCAUUUUUCGAUUGUUCGCCAGAUAGUACAACUUAACAGCUACAUCUCUUUUUUUUCCCUAAUGUAUACAUACAUAUAUUGUUUAUAUAUAUAUAUUUGUAAAGCUUUUU